ACGUGUACAGCGUACAAGCGUCUAUGUCUCUGGUACGACUCAGUGUAAUUAUUGAUAUUUCGAUGUUCCUCCAGAAACCACGACAGCACGAUUUCCAUCCCACAAGCUGUGGUGAUAUGAUGAGCGAGUACGGAGGCGCAAGACGGAACUUGAAAUGUUCAUUUCCCGCAUAAUCGAAGGUGAUGUCAUAGAUAUUCUAAUAAAAGCAUGAGCAAUGCUUGUAAUGCUGGUAAUACUAGCAAUGUUGUACGGGGUUCCAAGCUCCCGGGUUUAUUCACGUGUGGAAGCAACACUGCGCUGCAGCGCUCAAUUAAAUCGGGAUGGGACUUUACGAUAAGCGAACUCAAAUUCCCUUAUCCCUUAUCACAACCUAGGUAGAAUUGUCCCAUCGGCGCAUCACCGGGCAACGCAACUUACAAGCCUCAACUCAACUCAACCAUUCCCAUCCUAUUAUUACCCUUACCCAUUAAACAUAGCGCGUCUUACUAGGUCGUAUAGGUCGUCUUCCAUCAACGACAUUUCUGGCUGCCAACCUACCGCCCUUAAGGUCUGUGGUUAGACCUCAUUCGUGGGCAUGAGAAGGUCGGCUCCCUCUUUUUUGUUGGCCUCUAAUUCUGGUCCAACGCGACGAACACUAUCGUCUUCUAUCCACCUAGCAACAUGGCACCGGCGCCUCCAAUAUACCGCUGGCGUUGGCGGUAGCCGUUCUUCUAAAACCACCGAACAAUCCGGUAAAUACACAACACCUCUUCUAGAUUCCUGUCCGAAAUUACCAUUCCAUUUCGAGACCGGCUUUGCGCUAUUCGCGAAACGAACUCCGAGACCGUUCCCCCCGCCAUUUCUAUCACCUCCGUCUGGAUCGUUUUCGGACCCCCUUAGUACUCAUCAUCAGAGUCGCGACAAGCGAGCCUUUGUAGAUGGCGAGCUCAUCAACGGAUGGACGAAUGGCGACGAUGCAGUCUAUGCUAGCGAAUAUUUUAUCUGCGCCAAUGAUGGGGUUGGCGCUUGGUCGGCUAGGCCAAGAGGUCAUGCAGGUUUAUGGUCAAGGUUGAUACUGCAUUUCUGGGUGGCGGCGAUGCAGGAAGACAUUGUAAAGCUGCGACCGCCUGACCAACCAUACCGCCCGGAUCCCAUACGCUACCUGCAGCAGGCGUACGAGCGCACGAUCGAUGCGACCUCCGGCCCUAACGACUGUCUUGGAACUACGACAGCCACCGGGGCGCAGCUCUUUUACAAGGCUGACGCCAACAAUCCGGCGCCAUCCGUAACACCACUCCUGUACGUUACAAACCUUGGCGAUUCCCAGGUCAUGGUUGUACGGCCGAAAAGCCAGGAGAUGAUUUAUAAAUCGAACGAGCAGUGGCAUUGGUUCGAUUGCCCGAGACAACUCGGAACGAACAGCCCAGACUCGCCGAAGGAAAAUGCGGUCUUAGACGUAGUGGAUGUUCAAGAAGGCGACGUCGUGCUAGCUAUGUCGGACGGCGUAAUCGAUAAUCUAUGGGCGCACGAAAUUGUGGAAAACGUAUCCAAAAGUGUUAGCCGAUGGGAGACCGGAGAAGGGGGCCAAGCGGGCGGCCCCCGCAAAGACGGCGCAAAUGGCGGGAUGACUUUCGUUGCCCAAGAACUCGUCAAUGCUGCCAAAUAUAUUGCACUGGAUCCUUUUGCGGAAAGCCCUUUCAUGGAGCACGCUAUUGAGGAAGGAUUAGCUAGCGCAGGGGGCAAACCCGAUGAUAUUAGCGUUGUAGCAGCCUUGUGUCAGCGGAAUGCUACUGCAUGAUAUAUCCGUCGACGUUGGCAAGGUACACUACUUAUCGUAUCUCCAAACCUCCCGGAGCGGUGAAGAUCUACGUGCUAUAAUAGCGCAUCACCACCAUGUCUCUCCCCAAUCAUCAUUAUGAUGAGCUAUUGUAUGCCGUAUAACAUGGGAUUGGUGUUACUUGACUUAUAUCUUAUUCAAAGUAUUAGACUUACAAUUAUAGACUACUUCUCUAGUUUUGGGGAUCAUAUACAUUUUCUACGGAAUUAGCACGGCGUUGGAGGAAUAUUUGGAAAUAGAGGAGAGAUAUUGAUCUUGAGCAACCAGUUGAGAGCUGAAUAGCCUCAUAAUUCAUAAAUUCAACAAAUAAAUACGUACUUCCUAGUGGGGUUUUGCUCUCAGACUUUCAAACUUCAGACCC